UAGUGACCAACUAACAAUUUAACAUACGCACGCGUCAAGGUUUAUAAUUAGCAGCGGCUUUGAAAUAUAAACGUGUUUGCUCCGCUAGUAAAUUAAAAGCUACAAAAAAAGAUGGCCACACAAACGUCAAAAGGUGUUAGUAACAACUCAUACGAGUUGGAUCAAGAUAUGGAUGCACUAGAACCACCAAAUCCUGCAAAUAACAAGACUGAUUUUCAACUCGCCAAUAUGACUGAAGUCUGGUCGGAUGGCAAACUCGAUGCGAUAGAUCAACCGGAGAGCAAAUAUAAGCGCUUAGUAAGAAGGCUGCUCAUAUUUCUGAUACACGUUGCCGUUGUGGGUUACUUUUCCUAUGCCACCUAUCACUAUCAUGAUCUCACUCACUACCAUUGCAAAUAUUUCAUUGAUGAGACGGUGUGUGGCAUACAAUUUUGUACCGGAUAUGGUAUGCUGGUGCUUCUGUUUGGCUUCAUCUACCUGGGCCUGUUCUACUUCUACAUAUUUAAGCCCACAGUGGGCAGGCGACUGCACCGGAAAUUCCUGCAGCCGGCGUCAAGAAUAUGGCACAAGAUCAGCAGAAUGCGCAUCGUGUCAGCAGCUAUAAUAAGCCUUCUACUAGCAGGUCUUGCGGUUUUCCUCUAUUUCGAAACCAGAGAUGAGCCACAAAAACUGAUGUCCCUCGUGGCUCCCUGCGUGUUUAUCCUCAUCGGCUAUAUCUUCUCGACAAAACGCAGUGCUAUUAAAUGGCGCAUUGUGAUUACAGGCAUUACGUGCCAGUUCCUCCUUGGGAUUUUAUGCAUACGCUGGGAAGUUGGUCGGGCGAUUUUUAGAUGUCUCGGCGAUAAGGUGGCCACCUUUCUGGGCUAUGCGACGGAUGGCGCCCGAUUUGUGUUUGGCGAUACCCUCAUCAAUGAAAAUGUGUUCGCCUUUGCCAUACUGCCGGUCAUCUUCUUUUGCAGCUUCUUCAUCUCAGUUCUUUAUUAUUUGGGCGCUAUGCAGUGGAUUGUAAUGAAGCUCGGAUGGAUAUUGCAGUCGAUAUUGGGUACCACGGUAUGCGAGAGCGUGAUUGCCGCAGCGAAUAUCUUUCUGGGAAUGUCCGAGAGCCCAUUGCUUAUACGGCCAUACAUAGUUAAGCUGACGCAUAGCGAGAUACAUGCCAUUAUGGUUUCGGGCUUCUGUACAGUCUCAGGCACUGUCCUGGCAGCUUAUCUGUCAUUUGGAGCUUCCACUGCUCAUUUGAUAACAUCUUCAGUAAUGGCUGCACCGGCUGCUCUGGCUUUUGCAAAGCUCUACAUGCCCGAAACCGAGAAGAGUCAAACGUCCAGCGACUCGAUACAACUCGAGAAAUCUACCGACUCAUCUCUACUGGAUGCUGCCUCCAAUGGUGCCACCAAUGCUAUACAAAUUGUCCUUGGAAUUAUAGCUAAUAUUGUUGCUUUUAUCGCCUUCGUUGCUUUCCUGAAUGGCUUAGUCAACUGGUUGGGUGAACGUGUAGGGCUUGAAGACAUUGAUUUUGAAUGGAUUUUUUCAAAAUUAUUUAUUCCUCUAGCAUGGGCAAUGGGUGUUCCUAACCAGGACUGUGACAAAAUAGCGAAGGUGGUAGCCACCAAGACCAUCAUCAACGAGUUUGUGGCCUACGAGAGGCUGGGCGAGUAUAUAAAAAACAAUCAAAUUACCGCACGGAGUGCUGGCAUUGCCACUUUUGCCAUUUGCGGCUUCGCCAAUCCCAGCUCCUUGGGGAUUCUGAUUGGCUCCCUGAGCGCAAUGGCACCCACUAGACGAUUAUCAAUAACAACGGUCGCCAUACGGGCCUUCAUUGUAGGCAGCAUUGUUUGCUUUAUAUCUGCAAGUUUUGCUGGUAUACUCAUACAAGAGGAGGAAGAAAGCGAGUCCUAUGCGAAAAUAAUACAACAAUUGUCCAUGAAAAACGCCACAAAAGCAAUGGGGUAGCACCAUAUUUUUAAUGUCUAAGAGCUAUAUAAAUCACAAUCCUGAAAAUACAUAUAUUUAUAAAAAUCGACAAACAAA